GUUACUGAUUACUUUUUUCAAGUAACUUGACCAACACUGCUCCUAACCAACCACAAAGUCACAGAGUUCAGAGUUUAGUGAGUUACUGACCCAGAAUCAGCUGAUGGUGCACUAAACUCAAAAACCUUCAGACUGUAGACAGUCACGUUUGAUUCAGUCAGAUCUGAACCCACAGACUGAGCUCAUCAGGGGAGAUUACUAAGCUCAGAGAUCAUUUUCCCAACCUGAGGAGUCGCCCCCUGCUGGAGGCCUAAGUCCCUACAGCUUCACUGUUCAGAACCAGAAUCUAUAAAAACCACAUUACAUUUAAAUAUGUGUAGUAUGGAAGCCUUUAAGGUGCUGAGGGAACAUCACAGGAUCAGUAUCUGAAGUACUGGUUUGAGUUCAUGCACACUUUCAUCACUCAGACGUGCUGAACAUUACGCAUGUCCUGGAUAUGUAAAACUACUCACCUCAGUAUUCUUUGACCUUCCUGACAUCUUCUCGAGCUUCCUGAUGUCACAGCAUGGUGACAGCAUUUGUUUCAGACAGUUUCUGCUUGAUGUCAGUUCAGCAUGGUUUGUCGCCACGUGCAAAACUGACUCUUGGAGUCUCUUUGUUGUGUUUGUUUUGGCUGAUUCUUCAGGUCUGGACCAGAAUCACGGCGGGGAGUAUGCUGCCUAUGAAAGCCUGAUUGAGAGGUUCAUCACAGCCCUCAGAACCUGCGAGGUCGAUCCUUACAUGGUGCUGGACGGAGGCUCGGACCACACCAACAAGAAGCUCGAAACUGUGACAAAAAGGGCAGAGCAGCGGAUCGAAAGAGCCCAUCGAGCAGCAAAGGACGGGGGUAAGGAAGACAUCCGGCCAAUUAUGACCAAGUGGGUGUUCAGACAGACGCUGACCCGGCUGAAGGUCCCGGUCGCCCAGUGCUUUGGCGAGGCCGACCGGGAGAUAGCCGCCCUAGCUGAUAAGUGGCAGUGCCCAGUGCUUUCCAACGACAGCGACUUCUACAUCUUCAACCUCUCAGCAGGAUUGUUGCCCAUCUCUUACUUCCAGUGGCAGGAUGUAAAGGGGAAUGGCUCAAAGAGCUACAUCCCUUGUAAGAGGUACUAUACCUCCAGCUUCUGCAUCUACUUCGAAAUCCAGCCCCAGCUCCUGCCCACCUUCGCUGCCCUGGCUGGGAACGACUACGUGAAGCUGCCGAAGUUUAUCUGGAGUCGGUUUGCCCCAGACGCCAGUAGGCCUCAGAGCCGCCUGGAGGGCCUGCUGUGCUGGAUGAAGGACUUUGAGCAGCCAGAGGACACCUUGAAGGCAGCAGUGGAGCUGAUGGGAGGAAAGAGCCAGAACAAGGAGAAGAUGCUGCAGAGUUUGUCUGUGGGGAUGGAGGAAUACAAACUACCUCGCAGCUCGCUGGUGGAGUUCUUCGUCCGUGGGGUUGUUCCUCCGUUCCUAGAUGAGGAGCUCAUUGGUCGCAUCCCAGCUUGGAUGCAGCUGUGUGUGAUGCAGGCCCGGCUACCCGGGGACACCCUGGACGUACUGCUGCUGCACAGGCUGAGCCUCGGCACCCCCGUGGACCACAAAGACCUGCCCAGUGCUAACUUGACCUCCAGACCUCUCCGCCAGGUGAUGUAUGGGCUGCUGCUGGGCAAAGAGACGUCAUAUAAGGUGGAGGAGAGAGACAGGGAGGACCUCCAGCUGAAAUUCAUCCGAAUCAAACCAACCUUCAGUCGAGUGGCUCAGCGGCUCCAGCUGAACUCACUGCAUGAGGCGCAGCUCUCUGAACGUCUGGAGGUCUUACUCGAGGCUCUCGGGGUGAAAGAGGAACUUCUGAACGAGCUGCCGCCUCAGCUGCGCCUCCUAGUGGCUGUGACCUGUUACUGGUGGAACAGAGCUCGGCCUCGUCCGGACCUGAAGCUGCUGAAGUCGUUGCUGCUGGGAAUGAACCUCAAAGACACAUCGCGACUCAGCGCAGUUGUCCAGGCUUGCUGUCAUCAGAAGCCUGAUGUGGGCGUGGCUCACUCCUUCAGCCAGUGGCAGGUGUGCAUGAAGGACAGCAUGCACCUGAACCAGCUGCUGGGCCUCCCUCUGCCUGAACCAGACGUCGCACGGUUCUAUCAGGGGACGCUGGUCCACCAGCUGGUCCACAUGAGGAGGACAGGGAGCAGACUGAAGCGUGUCCUGAAGCCAGAUCAGGCCAGUGUGCAGCAGUACCGCGACAUGCUGUCAGCCAUCCACCGGCUCCGGCCCCGGCCCCGCCAGGGCUCCGAGUUCUCAGAGAGCGAGCAGGCAGAGAGGCGGGCUCUGAACGACCACACCAACCUCAGGCUGUUCCAGCUGGACUACGACGAGGAGACAGAGGCUCGCAGCUUGGCCCGGGCACAGGAAGACCUGCGGCUGGAUGAUCGGCUGCUGCUGAGAACUCGGUACAAAACCAAGGAGAGAAGGAAUCGCUGCAACAAAGUGGAACUGAGCCGGAAGGAGGAGGGCCGAGGCAUGGACCUCCUCUGACGGACCGUCGCUGGAACCGCCGUCAGCAUCCACUCUGUCUGGCUUCAGCCCACUUUUUUUUAAUUUUUUUUUUAUAACUUUUUAUUUAUCAUUUUACAGUAUGGGAAUACAAAACUUAAGGUCAGCAUGGGAGACAUUCACAGUUCCAGUAAUAGCAUCUACUUACAUCAUGGUAAUAUUCAUUUAUUCAGUGCAAAGGGGAGUACACAACCCAUUUUUCCCAGAGCUUCUUAAAUUUCUCGAGCUCGAGUCUAAGGACAAAGGUAAGCCUUUCCAUUCCAAAAAUUUCUUCCACUAUCCCACGCCAUUGGGCCGGAGUUGGAGGGUCUGCCUUUAGCCACCUACGGCUUCAGCCCACUUUCUCCUCCCUCUGUUGGCUCCUGUGCUCCAGACUCUUUAUGGGACAAAUAUCUGCUAGUUUUUCCACAAUCUGGGUCAUUUCAGAGGAUUUUACAGCCUUUUAUUUGUGAUUUUACAGGAAGCAUGAAUGUAAGUUUAAUAAAAGGAACCUCAUCAAUAAAGAUUUAAA